AUGUUCGGCCACAAACGCACCUUAAUCUGCGCAGGCGCUUGGUGGGUGCUUUGGCAUCUUAUCAGUGGCUUCAUGCGGAACAUCAUCGGCCUCUCCUCUUGUCGAGAUCUAGCUGGAGCUGGGGGAGCAUUCAUGGUCCCAAACUCAAUUGCACUACUAGCCAUAAACAUACCUCCAGGCAAGAUGCGUAAUAUGCCAUGGGCUUGUUUGGAGCCAUGGCUCCCAUUGGUACAGCUGGAGGUAGCGGCGAUGCUCGGCGCUGUGGUCUUCUCUCUAAGUGCUUGGGUGACCCCGAUAGAUCAUCUCCCUACCCGAGGAUCUGGGUCAAUUGACUGGCUUGGUGCUUACCUGGGGAUUGGUGGCCUUAUUCUUUUCAAUUUUGUCUGGAAUCAAGCUCCAUCAGCGGGCUGGGAUGAGCCUUACGAGUACGUCUUGCUCAUCGUGUCCCUCGUCCAUUUGGCCGCGUUCGUGCUCUGGGAGAAGAAUGGGGCCAUUGAUCAUAUCCUUCCAUUCGAUUUCUGGACCGCCCCGUCUUUCCUAAGCCUCAUGAUAACUGUUUCACUGCUAUCCUUCAUGGCGUUUGGUGUCCCAUUGUGGUACAUCAACGUCUGGCUGCUGACCGUCCGCAACUGGACCGUGCUCUUGUCGUCCGCAGCCCUUGUGCCACUGACGGUUCUUGGAGCAGUGGCGGCCAUCCUCUCUGCCUGGCUCAUCCCACGUCUAACUGCUCAAUAUAUCCUGGCCAUCGGUGCUCUCUGUGUCAUCGUCUCGGUAACUCUAGUCACACAGGAAGGAUGGGAUGAAAAGGUGAAUGUUAAAGCUCAGGAAGUAUCAGAGGAAGCCUGA